AUGUGUCAUUGUCUCCGCCCCUGCCGCGUCAGCAGCCCACCCCCGAGCUGCCAGUUCCGGCACGAGGCAGCCGCUUUUCCCAGCCACGAAAGCCCUCAGAAGAGCCUUUUUGCCAGCCUUACCCUCUGCGAUCCCCUUCCCCAAGAGCAGUUUGUGGAAAUGGUCAAUUUCCCUCUCACUCUCUCUGAUGUUCCUCAAUCUACUCACCUCUUCUUUGAGCUCCAUCACUUCACCUUGGAGCUGUGCCACCCAGCGGAGAAGGCCAUCAACCUGCUCACACCGCACGCAGCCGUGGUCAACAUUGUCACCCGCUGCCAGGUGCUGAAGUUUUGGCCUUUGUCUUUCCUAUGGAGCAAACUCUUAACUUGUGAGCAGCUGAGACACCACCUGCAGCACCUCCAGGUCAUCAGCAGCAACAACAAUGCUCAAAACCAGACUCACCCAAUGAGGAAAGCCAACAUCUUCAUCUCUCUGCUGAUUGAUGUGGCUCUGGGGAUGCUGCUGAUGUCCUGGCUGUACCAAAAGAACCGAAUUGGUCACCUUGACGAUACCCUCAUCCCCGUGGCUGAUCAUGUAGCUGAAGAGCUCCAGGACCUGCUCCAGUGGCUAAUGGGAGCACCAGCUGGACUGAAAACGAACCCAGCUUUGGAUCAGGUUUUGGGCCGCUUCUUCCUUUACCACAUCCAUCUUUGGAUUAGCUACAUUCACCUGAUGUCCCCGUUCAUUGAGAUGAUCCUCUGGUACGUCGGGCUGUCAGCUUGUCUAGGCCUGACCUUGGCUCUCUGCAUCCUCUCUGACAUCAUUGCACUUCUCACCUUCCACAUCUACUGCUUCUAUGCCUACAGAGCCAGGCUCUACUGCUUCAAGAUUUACGGCCUGUCAUCUCUCUGGUGCUUGUUCUGUGGGAAGAAGUGGAACGUCCUCCAGCGGCAGGUGGAUUCCUGCUUCUAUGACUUGGACCAGUUAUUUAUUGGCACUUUGCUGUUUACAAUCCUGCUGUUCCUUCUGCCUACAACUGCACUGCAUUGUUUGGUGUUCACUCUGCUCCGCUUGCUGGUGGUGAUCAUGCAAGGCCUGAUACACUUGCUGAUUGACCUGAUUGACUCCCUGCCUCUUUAUUCAGUCAUCCUUCGGCUCUGCAGAUCCUACAGACUGGCGGCCAGUGUGAAGUUCAGAGUCCUUGAGCAGCAGGAUGGAAAACCUCUUCGACUCCUUAUGCAAAUCAACCCUCUAUCGUAUGGCAGUGUGGUACAGACAUACAGGCUGCUAACCUACAGCUGCUACCCCAAGGAUUCCUGGACAUCCCUCUGCAAGAAGCUGUUCCUUGGAGAGCUCAUCUACCCUUGGAAACACAAAGGAGAGAAGCAGGACUAA